GGGUGGGAGGAACCGGGCCGGGAACGGGCGGAAAAGCUCGGCAUUAACGCGGGUUCGGAGCUAAGACACCCCUCAGCAUCCUAAUUAAGAAAAGCCAGGCCGAGGACACCCUCCAACCGCGAACCGCGAGAGCCGCGGCUGCUGGGAGGUCAAAGGGCGGAGGGCAGAGAUGAGGCGUGAGCUCCCUCCCUGUGAAACCAGAGCUGCGAGGGCAGGACGAGGGUGGUAAAUUUGGGAUUACACGAGCUGUUGUGUAAUGCAGAAAGGAGAUUAGCUGGCUGGGAUUGGGAAGAGAGAACACCCCGGGAUGUUCCCUGAACGUGUGCACAGCUCCGUGUUUCCAGCUGGAGCCAGAGCCUUCCCUGAGGGGCUGCCCGUGCUGGAAGUGCCCGGGAUGGCCUGGAGGUGAGGAUGACCCUGACUGAAAGGCUGCGCGAGAGGAUUUCGCGGGCGUUCUACAGCCACGGGCUGCUCUGCGCCUCCUACCCCAUCCCCAUCAUCCUCUUCACUGCCCUCUGCAUCCUGGCCUGCUGCUCCCCGCUGCUGAAGCUGCCGCUGCCGGGCACGGGCCCCGUGGAGUUCAGCACCCCGCUGAAGGACUACGCCCCGCCAGGCGCGGGGCCGCGGCACGGGGAGCCCGGCGAGCGCCCCGACUGGUACGUGGGUGCUCCCGUGGCCUACAUCCAGCAGAUCCUCGUGAAAGCCACCGUGUCCCCGUGGCAGAAGAACUUCCUGGCCGUGGACGUGUUCCGCUCGCCGCUGGCCCGCGUCUUCCAGCUGGUGGAGGAGAUCAGGAACCACGCCCUGAGGGACAGCUCCGGGGUCAGGAGCCUGGAGGAGGUUUGCCUGCAGGUGACAGACCUGCUGCCCGGCCUCAGGAAGCUGCGGAAUCUGCUCCCAGAGCACGGCUGCCUGCUGCUGUCCCCGGGCAACUUCUGGCAGAACGACCGCGAGCGCUUCAACGCCGACCCAGAUAUCAUCAAAACCAUCCACCAGCAUGAACCAAAGACCUUGCAGACGUCAGCCACUCUCAAAGACCUGCUCUUCGGGCUGCCCGGCAGGUACAGCGGGGUCAGCCUGUACAACCGGCGCCGCGUGGUGUCCUACACCGUCACCCUGGGGCUGCAGCGCUACGACUCCAGGUUCCUGAGCAGCCUGCGCUCCCGCCUGAAGCUGCUGCACCCCAGCCCCAACUGCAGCCUGCGGGAGGAGAGCGUGGUCCACGUGCACUUCAAGGAGGAGAUCGGCAUCGCCGAGCUCAUCCCGCUGGUCACCACCUACAUCAUCCUCUUCGCCUACAUCUACUUCUCCACACGCAAGAUCGACAUGGUGAAGUCCAAGUGGGGGCUGGCGCUGGCGGCGGUGGUGACGGUGCUCAGCUCCCUGCUCAUGUCCGUGGGGCUCUGCACGCUCUUCGGCCUCACGCCCACGCUCAACGGCGGAGAGAUAUUCCCGUACCUGGUGGUGGUGAUUGGCCUGGAGAACGUGCUGGUGCUCACCAAGUCCGUCGUGUCCACGCCCGUGGACCUGGAGGUGAAGCUCCGCAUCGCCCAAGGCCUGAGCAAUGAGAGCUGGUCCAUCAUGAAGAACAUGGCAACGGAGCUGGGGAUCAUCCUCAUCGGGUACUUCACCCUGGUCCCGGCCAUCCAGGAGUUCUGCCUCUUCGCCGUGGUGGGGCUGGUGUCAGACUUCUUCCUGCAGAUGUUCUUCUUCACCACGGUGCUGUCCAUCGACAUCCGCCGCAUGGAGCUGGCUGACCUGAACAAGCGGCUGCCCGCCGAGUCGUGCCUGGCCAAGGCGCCGUGCCGGGCCCGGGCGGCAGCGCUGCGCCCGGCGGUGCCGCACGCGCCGCACACGCCGCACACCAUCACCCUGCAGCCCUCCUCGCUGCGCAACCUGCGCCUGCCCAAGCGCCUGCGCGUCAUCUACUUCUUCGCCCGCACCCGCCUGGCCCAGCGCCUCAUCAUGGCCGGCACAGUGAUCUGGAUCGGAAUCCUGGUUUACACGGAUCCCGCCGGGCUCCGCACCUACCUCACGUCCCAGGUCACCGAGCAGAGCCCCCUGGGGGACGCAGGCCUGCCUGCCAUGCCCGUUCCUGGAGGGGUCCUGCCCGCUGGGGAUCCCAAGGUGGACCUGUCGGUGUUCCCGUCGGAGCCGGUGCAGCUGUCGGAGAACCAGACACAGCAGCAGUGGGAGCAGCAGGCGGGGCUGGAGCCCGACCAGCACAGCUGGGCACGGGGGCCCGAGGGCAGAGAGAACGGGCAGCUGGAGCUGGGAGCAGAAGCAGAGGUUACCUGGGGAGCAGAGGAUGAGGAGAUGUGGAGGAAGCUUUCCUUCAGGCACUGGCCAGCCCUCUUCAGCUACUACAACAUCACCCUGGCCAAGAGGUACAUCAGCAUCCUGCCGGCCAUCCCCGUCACGCUGUACCUGAAGCCUCAGGAGGCCCUGGAGCUGCGGCACCCGCAGGAGGCCUCUCGCUACCAGCCCUUCCUGGCCGAGCCUGGCACCCCGCCCGAGCGCCCCGCGCAGCCCCGCGCCCACCAGGACGUCACCCUCUACAAGGUGGCCGCUCUGGGCCUGGCAUCAGGCAUGCUGCUGGUGCUGCUGCUGUUCUGCCUCUACCGGGUGCUGUGCCCCAAGAACUACGGGCAGAACGGGCCGGGCCGGCGCCGCAGGGGCGACCUGCCCUGUGAUGACUACGGCUACUCCCCCCCCGAGACCGAGAUCGUGCCCCUGGUCCUCAGGGGGCACCUCAUGGACAUCGAGUGCCUGGCCAGUGACGGGAUGCUGCUGGUGAGCUGCUGCCUGGUGGGGCAGAUCCGCGUGUGGGACGCGCAGACGGGCGACUGCCUCACCGUCAUCCCCAAGCCCAGGCUGCGCAGGGACAGCAGCAGCAUCUUCGACUACCAGGAGGGCUGGGAUCCCAGCCCGGACAGCAAGAACGGGCUGGAGGACUCCUUGGAGAGCAGCCAGCAGCUGAAGCGGCUGCUGGGGCCCCCCCAGCCCCCCCUGUUCUGCGACCAGCCCGACCUCAGCUCCCUCAUCGACACCAAUUUCCUGGAGCGCGCCGGGACAGCCGCAUCCGAGCCGCGGCUGCGCGCCGUGGGCGCUCGCCACAGGGACUCGGGCUACGACUUCAGCAGCCUGGUUGGGAAGGUGUACGAGGAGCACGGCAGCGCCGGCGGCAGGAACGGCACCUUCCCGGGGCUCUCGGCCCCGCACGGCCCUGACGAGCGCGGCCUCGGGGACCGCAGCCCCGGGGACGAGCCCUGCGCCGGCUGCGACAGGUCCUCACCCCCGCAGUCCUGGGGAGGAGACCUGGAGAGCUCCAUCUGGAGCCUGGAGCUGCAGGGCAACCUCAUCGUGGCUGGCAGGAGCAACGGCAGGCUGGAGGUGUGGGAUGCCAUCGAGGGGACCCUCCGCAGCAGCAACGAUGAAGGACAAUCCGGCAUCACAGCCCUCGUCUUCCUCAACAACAGGAUCGUGGCUGCCCGGCUGAACGGCUCCUUGGAUUUCUUCUCUCUGGAGACACACACGUCCUUGAACCACCUGCAGUUCCGAGGUGGCCCGGGCAGGGGCAGCCUGCCGCCCUCGCCGGAGCUGUGCCGCGGCGCCGCGCUGCGCUGCCGGCUGACCCACGGCGUGCCCUGCGCCCACCACAAACCCAUCACCGCCCUGCGCGCCGCCGCCGGGCGCCUCGUCACCGGCAGCCAGGACCACACGCUGAGGGUGUUCCGGCUGGAGGACUCGUGCUGCCUGUUCACCCUGCAGGGCCACUCGGGGGCCAUCACAGCCGUGUACAUCGACCAGACCAUGGUGCUGGCCAGUGGCGGCCAGGACGGGGCCAUCUGCCUGUGGGACGUGCUGACGGGCAGCCGGGUCAGCCACAUGUUCGCCCACCGCGGGGACGUCACCUCCCUGACCUGCACCACGUCCUGCGUCAUCAGCAGCGGCCUGGACGAUGUCAUCAGCAUCUGGGACCGCAGCUCGGGCAUCAAGCUCUACUCCAUCCAGCAGGAGCUGGGCUGCGGUGCCAGCCUGGGCGUCAUCUCCGACAACCUGCUGGUGACGGGCGGCCAGGGCUGCGUGUCCUUCUGGGACAUCGGCUACGGGGACCUGCUGCAGACUGUCUACCUGGGCAAGAGCAACGAGUCGCAGCCGGCGCGGCAGAUCCUGGUGCUGGAGAACGCCGCCAUCGUCUGCAACUUCGGCAGCGAGCUCAGCCUGGUCUACGUGCCCUCGGUGCUGGAGAAGCUGGACUGAGCAGCAGGAGGGGUCGGAGGGACCGGGGCCGGGGGCUGCUCGGCUCCAGCGGCGCCACCGGAGCGACUCCGCUCACCGAGCGCGGAGGGGCCGCUCCGCCCGGUCCGGACCUUCGGGCGGUCCCCGGGAGCUCCGGCAGCCGGGGAAGGACCGGGACCGACCCGUUCCGGGCACGGCUCGGCCCCCACGUGCCUUAGGGCGCGGCAGGGCCCCGCCCGAUCCCGCAGCUGCCCCCGCUCUAUUUAUUUAUACGCUGUAAAUAGUUAUUUAUUGGGGCGGGGGGCGCGGGGCUCCAGCCCCGCCAGCGCUGCCCUGGACGUGCCCUGGCAUAGCUGCCCUGCCCGGCUCCUUCCUGCGCCCCGUCUGCAGCAAUAGCACCUUCCUCCUCCUCCUCCUCCUCAUCCUCCCCUUCCUCCUCCUCCUCCCGCUGCGGGGCCAGAGGAGGCUUUUCUCAGGUUGGGAGGGACCCGAGCGGGGACACGGCGGGACCAACGAGCACAGCCAGGGACAGGACGAGGUGCAGCACCCGGGGCUCCCCCCAAACCGGGGUCCCCCCAAACCGGGGCUCCCCCAAACCGGGGCUCCCCCCGAGCCGGGGCUCCCCACAAACCGGGGCUCCCCCCGAGCCGGGGCACCCCCCAAACUGGGGCUCCCCACAAACCGGGGCUGCCCCCAAACCGGGGCUCCCCACAAACCGGGGCUCCCCACAAAUCGGGGUUCCCCCCAAACCGGGGCUCCCCCUGAGCCGGGGCUCCCCACAAACCGGGGCUACCCCCAAACCGGGGCUCCCCACAAACCGGGGCUCCCCACAAAUCGGGGUUCCCCCCAAACCGGGGCUCCCCCUGAGCCGGGGCUCCCCACAAACCGGGGCUGCCCCCAAACCGGGGCUCCACAAACCGGGGCUUCCCCCAAACCGGGGCUCCCCCCAAACCGGGGCUGCCGGCCCCUCCCGCCCGUGUCUGUUCUCGACCCCCGGUGAUUGUAGAGGCGGCGCCGGGCUGGGGCAGGGGGACCCCCGGGGCCCCCGGGCCCCCGGCCCAGCCCCCGCGGGUGGCCUUCGCCCGGCUGUACCUUUGUGCUGUACAGGGGACGCUUUUUGUACCGAUCGUGUUUUAUAACGUGUGCAGAACAUCCAUUAAACGGAACUAACCCGA